UCGCCGUCGCUCAGUCAGCUCCGUGUCCUCCGUUCCUCCGCUGGUGCCGCGCUGUCGUCGCGGCACCCCCGCCCAGCCCUCUGUCCACUACGUCCCCAGAACCGGCCGGCGGAGCCCGGAGCCAGGGCCGCGUCCCCGCCAUGCCGGCCCAGUGGCUAUUACUCUUGCUGGCGCUGCUGCUACCGCCGCCCAGCCCCGGGAGUUUUGGAAGUGCCAGCACAGUAACACUGCCUGAAACCCUGUUGUUUGUUUCAACCCUGGAUGGAAGUUUGCAUGCUGUCAGCAAGAGGACAGGCUCGAUCAAGUGGACUUUAAAAGAAGAUCCAGUCCUGCAGGUCCCAACACACGUGGAAGAGCCUGCUUUCCUCCCAGAUCCCAAUGAUGGCAGUCUGUACACACUUGGAGGCAAGAACAACGAAGGCCUUACGAAACUCCCCUUUACCAUCCCAGAAUUGGUUCAGGCAUCCCCAUGCCGAAGUUCAGAUGGAAUCCUCUACAUGGGUAAAAAGCAGGAUAUUUGGUAUGUCAUCGACCUUCUGACUGGAGAAAAGCAGCAGACCUUAUCAUCGGCCUUUGCAGAUAGUCUCUGCCCAUCCACCUCCCUGCUGUAUCUUGGACGGACAGAAUACACCAUCACCAUGUAUGACACCAAGACCCGAGAGCUCCGUUGGAAUGCCACCUAUUUUGACUAUGCAGCCUCACUGCCCGAGGAUGACGUGGACUACAAGAUGUCCCACUUUGUGUCCAAUGGCGAUGGGCUGGUGGUAACUGUGGACAGUGAAUCUGGGGAUGUUUUGUGGAUCCAAAACUAUGCCUCUCCUGUGGUGGCCUUCUAUGUCUGGCAGCGGGAGGGGCUGAGAAAGGUGAUGCACAUCAACGUCGCUGUGGAGACUCUACGCUACUUGACCUUCAUGUCUGGAGAAGUGGGACGCAUUACUAAAUGGAAGUAUCCGUUCCCCAAGGAGACAGAGGCCAAGAGCAAGCUGACGCCUACCCUGUAUGUCGGGAAGUACUCCACCAGCCUCUAUGCCUCUCCCUCAAUGGUGCACGAGGGGGUUGCUGUAGUGCCUCGAGGCAGCACUCUUCCUUUGCUGGAAGGUCCCCAGACAGAUGGUGUCACCAUUGGAGACAAAGGAGAGUGUGUGAUCACCCCCAGCACAGACCUCAAGUUUGACCCUGGAAUCAAAGGGAAGAACAAGCUAAACUACUUGAGGAAUUACUGGCUUCUUAUAGGACACCAUGAAACUCCUCUGUCUGCAUCUACCAAGAUGCUGGAGAGAUUCCCCAACAACCUGCCCAAACAUCGGGAAAAUGUGAUUCCUGCUGAUUCGGAAAAAAGGAGCUUUGAGGAAGUUAUCAACCUGGUUGACCAGACUUCAGAAAAUACACCAACUACCGUGUCUCAGGAUGUGGAAGAGAAGCUGGCCCAUGCACCCGCCAAGCCUGAGGCCUCUGUGGACUCCAUGCUCAAGGACAUGGCUACUAUUAUCCUGAGCACCUUUCUGCUGAUUGGAUGGGUGGCCUUCAUCAUCACUUACCCCCUGAGCAUGCAUCAGCAGCGCCGACUCCAGCACCAGCAGAUCCAGAAGGAGCUGGAAAAAAUCCAGCUCCUUCAGCAACAGCAGCUGCCCUUCCACCCACAUGGAGACCUUAUUCAGGACCCCGAGUUCCUGGACUCAUCUGGCCUCUUCUCAGAGAGCUCAGGCACCAACAGCUCCAGCCCAUCCCCCAGAGCCUCCAACCACUCACUCCACUCCAGCACCAACCCCUCCCUGGAGCAGGAUGAAGAGGAUGAGGAAACUAGAAUGGUGGUUGUUGGGAAAAUUUCAUUCUGCCCCAAGGAUGUCCUGGGCCAUGGAGCUGAGGGCACAAUUGUAUACAAAGGCAUGUUUGACAACCGCGAUGUGGCUGUGAAGAGGAUCCUCCCUGAGUGUUUUAGUUUUGCAGACCGUGAGGUCCAGCUGCUUCGAGAAUCAGAUGAGCAUCCGAAUGUGAUCCGCUACUUUUGCACAGAGAAGGACCGGCAGUUCCAGUACAUUGCCAUUGAAUUGUGUGCAGCCACCCUGCAAGAGUAUGUGGAGCAGAAGGACUUUGCCCACCUUGGCCUAGAGCCCAUCACCUUGCUUCAGCAGACUGCCUCAGGCCUGGCACACCUGCACUCUCUCAACAUAGUUCACAGAGACCUGAAACCCCACAACAUUCUCCUCUCCAUGCCCAAUGCACAUGGCAGGAUCAAGGCCAUGAUCUCUGACUUUGGCCUCUGCAAGAAGCUGGCAGUGGGCAGGCACAGUUUCAGCCGCCGUUCAGGGGUACCUGGCACUGAAGGCUGGAUUGCCCCAGAGAUGUUGAGUGAAGACUGCAAGGAGAACCCUACCUACACAGUGGACAUCUUCUCUGCAGGAUGUGUCUUUUACUAUGUCAUCUCUGAGGGCAACCAUCCUUUCGGCAAGUCCUUACAGCGGCAGGCCAACAUCCUCUUGGGCGCCUGUAGCCUUGACUGCUUCCACUCAGACAAGCAUGAGGAUGUCAUUGCUCGUGAAUUGAUAGAGAAAAUGAUUGCAAUGGAUCCCCAGCAGCGACCUUCUGCAAAGCAUGUGCUAAAACACCCAUUCUUCUGGAGCCUGGAAAAGCAGCUCCAGUUCUUUCAGGAUGUGAGUGACCGAAUAGAAAAGGAGUCCUUGGAUGGCCCGAUAGUAAGGCAGUUGGAGAGAGGCGGGAGAGCGGUGGUGAAGAUGGACUGGCGGGAAAACAUCACUGUCCCCCUGCAGACAGAUCUGCGAAAAUUCAGAACCUACAAAGGUGGCUCUGUCAGAGAUCUCCUCCGAGCCAUGAGAAAUAAGAAACACCACUACCGAGAGCUCCCUGUGGAGGUUCAGGAGACGCUGGGCUCCAUCCCUGAUGACUUCGUGCGCUAUUUCACAUCACGCUUCCCCUACCUCCUCUCUCACACCUACCGAGCCAUGGAGCUGUGCAGUCAUGAGAGACUCUUCCAGACCUACUACUUGCACGAGCCCACAGAACCCCAGUCUCCAGUGACUCCAGAUGCCCUCUGAGCUAGGGUAGCCCCUCUAGUGUGGUGGCCCCCACAGUGACUGUGGGUCUGAUCUCUGCAGUCCAUAGCUUGCUGCCUCUGGGAUUAGCAGGAAGACUAAGCUCCUCAAACCAAGUGCCUUGAGCUGCUGCCCUGCAGCCAGAAGAAGAUAAUGCUGAUUCUAGGAACGGGAGAGGGGCCCUCAUGACUACAGAAAGCUGAAACGACAUGCCCUGAAGUCUUGUAGUCAGGGCUAGCUACAAAGGUGGGCCUGUCCCAGAGGCUGCAAGAGGAGCAGUGUCAACCUUUCACUGGAUGAACUCUCUUCCACGUCUAUUUCUUUCUAGAAUUCCUGUGGGAUGGCAGUUUGGGGCCUUUCAGUGAGGGAGUAGAGGAAUCCUGUUUGGCCUACAUGCUAGGAGCAGCCUGGUUGGGGUGCAGCAAGUGUACCCUCUGCUGGAAAUGGUCUGAGAGAUUCAGGGUGCUAAGGAAGAGAACGUUCAGAGGUGUUCUUCUUGAUAUAGGAGGCACCUCCAGGUUACUGGUAGCCUGUGUUGCCUCGUGCACCAAGUUGUAAGUGUGGGGCGUGGAGUUAGAGACUGGUUAGCAGUGCGUGUGGACAGCUGAGCUGUGUCUGGGAAUGGAAGAUGAAGAGGACAUUCAGUUCUCAUUGCAGUGCUGGCCCAGCACAAGUGUACUAAACAGUAGCUCCUGAUAGAUUGAAUCCUGGCCAUGUGAGCCAGAGAUGAAGAAUUCCCUGGCCAUCAAGAAGGCAGCUAAGACCAGACAGGGACAGAGACAGGUCGUCAGGGCCAGAGGGGAGCAACGAGAGGGAACCUCUGAGCACAUGGAGAGGCUCAGAACCAGGAGGUGAGUGAUAUGGACCGUCUGCCCCAGAGCCCAGCAGAUUAGCACACAGAUUGUAAGCCAAAGCCUGGGAUAGAGAGCCAAGGCCAGAGCCACCAUAGGCUUUUUAGGCCAGCUUUUACAUUUCUGGCAGAUAUUAAUGAGUGUGUUUUGGUCAUAUUGCAGAAUGCUGCACUUGCAUAAGUAAGUUAAAUGUAGCUUGAUGCUUGUGAAGAAGAAAUGUAAGAUAUAAUAUCUUCUGUUUUGUGUAGUACCAAAAAUCACCAUUCCCUCAAGAAUGUAUAACAUUCUCUAAUGCUGAAGAGUAAGACAUCUUGCAACACUGUGUAAAUGUAUUGAUAUCAAAGUGAUUCUAUCAGUACCGUUUUUCUCUAAAAUUAAUUUUUAACUUUAGGUCUAGUCAGAGUUUACUGUCUUCUCCCUCCCAAGAGCCUUUGAUGUUAGUAUAUAGUCAGGGUCCAGGGGGUUGGAUUCUGUGUAGACUCCUUGAGCCAGUGUGGCCUCUGACAUGUAGUCCUGGUGAGCUGAGGCUUGUUCUGUUCUGUGCUAAGAGUGGCCUCGGCAACUCUAUGCACUGCACUGACUGUAGUCAUGGCUGCUGCAUCCCCUGAGAGGUCUUCUGGUGUGCUGGUACAGGGCCACUUACCCAAAGCUUCUCUGCUGCUGUGGAAUUUGAUUUCCUUACUUUCAUGGUGGCCAAAGUGAACACUUUCUUAACCUCCUGCAUCUUUGAACCUCAUGGGUAACUCUGUUUAGACCUUGGAAUUUCAGCCCCCGUGGCUGACUUCCUGCUCAUCUCUUACUAUAGCACUUUGCCAGUGGGCCCAAGAGGGGACAGCCUAAGACCAAUGGCAGGAGGUGCAACCAGUGUGGUCUAACAGGCUUGCCUCUGAGACUGCUGCCUACCUUGUUCCUCCUGGCUGAGAUUCCCUUUGGGAAGUGCUGAAGUCUUUUAUAAAGGCCCAGCGUGGUGUUACCUCCCAGUCUGCCUUGGGUCAGCUUUUCAAAUGUUCUUACCACUUAUCGGAUCAGUUUCUAACCAAUCAAAUUUCCAAAAGUCCUCUAUUCAUCGUACUUAUUUGUAGAAACUUUCCGUAGAGCUAGAUAGGAUAUGAGACACUUGGGACACAGAGAGUACAGAAAGACUUGUGCCUUUUAAAGCCUCGUGAGAGUCAUUAGCACACAGUGUCAGGGCAGAAAGAAAACUCAAGUGGGUAGGAAGGGUGUAUAUUUGGGGUUUGCCCCACUUGUGCCUUAAAACUGUCCCAUCUCAAAAAUCAAUCAGCUGUGGUCAGCUCACCUCUGUGUGUCCUCUAGAAACCAGGCAGUUGUUAGCUCUCCAGGUGUGUCGUGAAAACACUGUGGGCAUCUGGGAUGCUCAGCAAGAGACACUGCCUGCCUUCAGUCCAGGCCAGCUCUGUAUUAUUGUCACAUCUUCAGAGGCGCUAGGAGCCCUGGAAGACGCCCAGCUGUCUCCAGGUACAGCAUCUUCAGCUUUAGGAUGGAAUUGAGUUAUGUCUGGGAUGUUACCUUUGUUUAAACUUUGUCUUGUGUUGAACUUUAAGUUCAGAAAGUAUGCUGUAUCAUUAGUACCAAAGCACUUGCACUUUUGGGAACAUAGGUGUCACUUGGUAAAUCACUAAGCCGUCUAGAGACUGAAGGUGAACCCCGGCAGAGGUGUCUCCUGCUCUCAAUACAGCAGUAGCUGUAGGCUCUUCCCAUGAUGCACUACAGAGAAGGUGGAGGUCUGAGGUCAGCAGAUAAAGCCAAGUGCUUUCCACCCACUUUGAAGAUAGGCAUGAGACUCUCCUCAGAGCCUUUACUUUCUGGAGGUUUUGUGUACAUGUGAUUUAGUUAGCUGCCGAAGCUCCUUUUCCCAAAACGAAAGGCUAAUUGAUUAGCUGCUGCUGUGACCUGCAGAGCCACCCCUGGCUGCAGACUCUCCUGUGCUGGCCACCUGCUUGUCAUCUGCAGGGCUUUGGUCCUGUAUGGCUUCCUGUAGGUCCCACUCUCCAUCUGCCCCUGGGUCUGCUCUUGGUUCAUUGUCUUCAUUGCCACGGUCCAGAGGUGCAGGAAGAGCUGGAAGAGCAGCCGCAGCUGCCCUGGAAAGAGCCUCUUGAAAUUCCCCGCUUGCCCUUCUCUGUGAUUGGUUUUCCCACAGUGCUGUCCUUGCCCAUCACUCACAUUUAGAAGCCACGGUGUUGGCCGCCAGGGGCCUUUCAUCGGCUUCUCCUCCUGAAGGCUGUCAGACUUCCAGCUGAGCCAAAGUGCCUGCUUUCUCCCUAUUCUUGGUUUUCGUUAUGGACUAGUGAUUUUCCACGUGUAAUUUGGGUUGCUUUGGGCACUUAGGUCUCUUCUGUACUUAUUAGGAAGCCGCAGAGGUACAUCUAUGUUGAGCUUCCCUCUGGAGCAACCUUAGCCACACUGUUUGCCAGUCCUGUCGCCUCAGCUCUCUGUUCCCCAUGUGUUUGGUGGGUAUAGUAUUCCUUCCCAGUUGUCCCUAAAACUGUGACGGUGGAGUCCCCACUCACUAAGCAUUACCAGCCAGCUAUGUGGCUUCCCCACACAAAGACCUUGUGUAGUUUAUUUUGCGAUGACCUAUUUAUUGAAUCUAUUUAUAUUUAUUUAAUUUUUACUCUGAAGUAUAUCCGGUUACAAUUGCACUUGCUUAAAGCACAUACGAUCUGUGUGGACAAUACCCCUGACCAUUUUAAAACUGGAAAAGAAAAGUUACACUGUAUCCUGCCACCUUUUGAUAACCUUGUCUUUAAAGGGUGAAUAAUUUGGUCUGGGUAAAAUGUUAAUUUUUAGAUGAUUUUUAAAAAAAUCUUGUGCCAUGUGUCUUCUGUAGACAGUUAAUUGUUUAAUUGAUGUGUGCUGAUUGUGUGAUUCACUCCUCUUUAUGGAAACUAAAAUAUUCUUUUUAGCUUUAUAUUUUAUAAACUGCCAGAUUGUACAUCUAUUCUGUGUAUUUUUAAAGCUCGUAUUAUGAGGGCCGUUAUCUAAGUUGAACGGUUAUUUUUGUACCUCCUGUACAGUUUUAUAAUUCUGCUCAUUGAUGAAGGUGACUUAUGCUGAGCCAACCACAAAUAAAGGUAGUUUUAGAUUUGG